CAGCUAACCCCCAAGCCCGAUUCUGUCUCCGUAAAAUGAGUUUCGCUCUCGCGCGCGCGUCCUCUCUCGGACUUCCCGCUAUGAAUAGCCGAUGAGCGUCGUCCCGUCCGACGCUGUUCGCCGGAGAUGAUGAAAUCAGACAAUGGAAUCCAAAGAGAUCGACGACAUAGAUUCAGAAAUUGCAUCAACGGAGAAACCGGAGGCCGAUUCCUUUCCUGGCGAGGAGAUCCUCUGCGUUGAAAAUCCUAAGAUCAUCGAGUGGGAAGAGCUGCAGCAGGAGCUAGCCAGACUGUGUAGCCUCUCCUCGGCCCACGCGAAGGCCAAGGAACGGAAGGAAUUCCUCUCUCAGCAGCUCAGAUCCGUCAUCGAGGUCAGGCAGAAGUAUCUGCAACAGUCCAAUGAACUGUAUGAGAUGAGACAAAAGCUCGAGGCAAGGAAGCUUGCGAUGGGGGAGAUGGCAAUGCAGAUGAGGGAGACAAAGGAGGACGUGAAAUGCAAAAAAGAGCAGCUUGCUAAUUCUCUUAGAUCUUUGUUGGUUGCUGGAAAGAGAGUAUGUGCAGCACAGGAACAGCUACAGGCUAAUAAGUUGGUAAUUGGAAAAAUGGGACACGGGAAUGCCAAAAGCUUGCAAACGAUGCUACGGAUGAGACAACAACAUAUGAUUACUCAAGUUAAUUCAUUGUAUCCAGUAAAAUCAUCGAAUGAAGAUGCAUCCAAGGAGAAGUUUGAUAAACCUUGUGCUGGAGAUGAAGUACAAUCAUCUUUACCAGAUAUGACAAGGUCACCAACAUUGUCAUCUUUGACUAUUUUGGGUCAGCAACUUACUGCCUUCCCUCUGAAGAAGACGAGUUUCUUCAGCGACAAAAAGGAGAUUCAGAAGUCUUCAAUUGUUCUUGGUUAUGUUGCACAUGUAGUCUUGCUCGUUGCAUCUUAUCUUGAUGUUCCUCUGCGAUACCCCCUGCGCUUAGGGGGUUCUCGUUCACACAUUUGUGACUAUGCACCAUCAACAGAGACUGCAACAUCUGAUUUGAUUGUUAAUCCAGUUGUUGGUGCAAAUGCGAAGCCAGCAGAGUUUCCCCUUUUCUUAGAAGGCCAAGAUUCUACAAGAGCCGCAUAUGCAAUAUUCUUACUAAAUAAGGAUUUGGAGCAAUUAUUGAAUUUCUUUGGUGCUGAAAGUCUGGGACCACGUAAUAUAUUAGCCAAUCUAAAGGAACUAAUGAGGAUCAUUCAAUCUCCAGAAUUUCUUGACAAGUAAUGGAGUUCAUCUGUACAAUAAACCUGAAGCAGCUCAAUAGGUUUUCCAUUUUAUAUUUUUUAUGCUUCCCAUCUAAUUUCCAGAGGUGCAUACAUAUAUUUUUUUUCUUAAAGCAACUCUUAUAAUUGGUAUAAAUGCUUUUUCUGCCAAAUUUUCUGA